GCUUAAUUCGGGGAACUGGAGCACAGAUCCAAUUCCCUAAAUCAAGAGCCCCUCACCAACAUCAAGGAACCUUCCUUGAGGGGAAGUGGUUGUGUAUCCUGGGAAUAAAAUACAUGAUGGUUGCCGGGAAGUGGUUGUGUAUCCUGGGAAUAAAAUACAUGAUGGUUGCCGGGGUGACCAGUGACAACAGUGAUGACCUCCAGUCUACCUCGCAGUAUGAGUAUUGUGAGUGGAUGGAUGACAGCAAAAUAUGUUCCCAGACAACACAUUAGACAACUGUCACAGCUAAGGUUCAUGUGCUGUCAUUCUGCACGAAGACCAUCAUUUGUCUCUCAGAACUCAAAGCCCUAUUUUCUUCAGCCGUAUGCACCAUUCAAUAAUUUCAUUACAUUGUGCAGUUACUCGGUAGAAUUAAGUGAAUUAGCAUAUGAACAGUUGAGUGAUGACACGUUGGAGUCACUCAGUGAUUAUUUGGAGGAGUUAAUAUCAAGAGAAGAAGCUCCUGCAGACUGUGAUGUGUUAUAUUCAGCAGGUGUACUGACGCUGCACCUUGGGAACUUUGGAACAUAUGUCAUCAACAAGCAGACACCAAAUAAGCAAAUCUGGCUCUCGUCACCAGUCAGCGGCCCCAAGAGAUAUGAUUUUGUGGAUGGAGUGUGGAUCUACAAGCAUAGUGGAGUGACACUGCACCAUCUGUUGAGCCAAGAAUUGUCAGAAAUUCUAAAGACAACCAUUGAUUUUUCUGGUUGUGUUUAUGGAGGCAGCGAGUCCAUUUAG